AUGAGUGUACCUGUCCCCUCUCUGGAUGCCAUUCCCCUCCCAGGGGAGACGGUUGGUGAGCAGAAAACAGAGGAGUCUUCCCACACCGCAUUCUCCCCUCUGACUAGUGCUCGGAAUCAAUCUACCUCAACAGUGUCAAAUUACCCAAGCUCAUGUUCCAAUCCACCAAGUUCUGGAACUAAGUCACUAUCAUUACCUGCCUCACAGACUAUUGUUGAUGAAUUAUUCAAAGAUUUCCUUGCCUCGAAACAAAAGGAGGAACAGAGCACACUGGACCAGCAUGACCCUGAUAUUGUCAGUUCAAUGGAAGAGAUGAGUAAAUUGUUGGAUGAGGAAAUCAGCAUGAUUAAUGGGAAUACUAUUUCACAGAACCAGCGUAAGAAAAAAGGGCGGUGGGAUUGUGAAGAAAAGAAAUCUAGUGUGAAUGUCAUAGGAGAAAAAUCAAAUAGUGAAAGUAAGAAAGGCAGAUGGGAUUGUGAAUCAAGGAAGGAGGGGGGUGUUGAUGUUAUCAGCCAAGGGGCUGAUGUGGAGACGGCUGAUGAUGACGACGAACUGAAUGGGUGUAAAGUCAAAGCUGGUGGGAUCAAGCUGGAGAUCAGCAAACAGAGCAGAGACUGGAUAAACUCAGGGGGACAUGAUGGACCAGAAGAAGAAAGUGGUGUUGGAGGAAGUAGUUUGGCACUGCUGUACCAUGGUGAGGUUCUGUCUUCAUCCAGUGACGAAAGUGAUGAGGAAUCGGAGGACAGUGAAGUAGUGGAGGAUGGUCUGGUAGAAACUGGGUCACUCUCCCACUCAGACAAGGAAGGAAAGAGCAAAUCAAAGAAGAAGAAAAAACACAAACAUAAACAUAAAAAGAAGAAGAAGCACAAAAGCGGGAAGGGUGAACGAAAAAACUCCAAAGAGAAAAGCUUUAAAGAUGACAGGAAGGAAGGGAAGAAGGACUCGAAAAAGGAAAAGUCUGAAGAAGGGAAGAAAAAAGAAGAAAAGAAGGAGAGGAAGAAAGAGGACAAGAAGGACCACAAGUCAAAGAAUUCUGAGAAGCGGAGACAUUCUCGAUCAAGGUCUAAGUCACCCAAGAGAAGACGGACACGGUCUCGUACGAGAAGUAAAGAGCGACACAGAGACAGAACUGAUGAGUGGGAAACCAGAAGCUAUGGAGGCCUCGGACAUCCUAGAUCAGACAGACAUCAUCGGAGGUCAAAAAGCCGAUCAAGGUCACGGGAUAGGUCAAGGUCACAUGAGAAAUCCCGCCGGAGAGACCGCGAUGAGCGACAUCAUGACAGGGAGUACCGACAUCGUGAUAGGGAGAGAGGAGGAGGAGAGAGAGAACGAAUAAAGGAUGCUGAUCGGGAAAAAGAUUUACGUGUGAAAAUAGACAAAUCCAAGCUCAGGAAAAUAGCCAUUGCCAACGUGCUGGCUGCUGUGAAGGCUGGAGAGCAGGGAGCGGAUGUGGAUCUGGCCACUCUGAAGGCUGGAGGCAAGUCUGUGGAAGAACUGACAGAUUUCUGUAAGAAGAUUUCUGAGAAAGGCUAUAGUGACAGUGACAGUGACAGCGAAUAUGGCCGCCACUCUGACGGAGAGGAGGGAGAGGGCCCCUUCAUCAACCACCCCUUCAAACUGAGGGAUCCUUCCACACUACCCAACAUCAUCAUGAACAUACGGAACUCGAAGCAGCUGCCAGUGCUCACCCCCCAGGCCAAGGCCACCCAGUGUGCUCAGCUCCGCCUCCAGUUCCCGGUCUCCAGCGGCAGCCAGCACCGCGCCAAGGAGGAUCAGUGGGUGCCGGUGGAGAAGACAACAGCCCCUGUCACAGCAACCAUUGCAACACCUGUGGUUACGACAGUAGCAACACCAGCAGCAGUAACAACUGUGGCAAUUCCUGCACCAAUGUCCCAGACAGCUGCUGUGAGUGCGCCACUGAAUGUUGUUGCCCAGCAGGAUAAAGUCUUCCCCGACCCCCCGGCAGAGCCUAUUGACAUCGGUGCUAUUGUGUCAGAGAGACUGUCCCUGGUGCGGAAGCUCACAGAAAACCCAUAUGAUGUCCAGGCACUCUGCUCUAUGCACAAAGCACAGGAGAAGUCAAGCCAGUGGGCGCAGUCCAAGUUUCUCCCAGGCCAGUUCACCGGCAGCACAGGGGUUCAGCCUCUCACUCAGCAGGAGCUGGCAGGACCAGAUAAGAAAAACCAAGCAUGGUUUAAGAAGGACCAGCUGAAGAAGGCAGCACCUGUACAAGGGGGUAUUGGGAAAUGGCUGCUGGAGAAGAUGGGCUGGAGGCCAGGGGAAGGGCUCGGCAAGAACAACGAGGGCUCCAAGGAGCCCCUGAUGCUAGACUUCAAGGUGGAUAGAAAAGGUCUGAUAUCUGAGGGAGAGAACACACGAAAGGGAGGGGCAGUGGCCCGUGUGAAGAAGGACCUGUCGGGUAAACACCCCGUCUCAGCCCUCACUGAACUCUGCAACAAGAGAAGAUGGGGACCGCCAAACUUUGUGAUUGUGCAAGAAUCUGGUCCAGAUCACAAGAAAAGCUUCCUCUUCAAGGUUAUUGUGAACGGCGCGGAGUACCAGUCAUCAGCAGUAAGUGCCAACAAGAAGCUGGCCAAAGCCCAAGCUGCCAGCGUGUGUCUGCAGGAACUAGGGCUGAUACCGCGGGACUAAAGACAUUCACAAGAGUCCUCCACACGUCGAGUAACUCAAGCGGUUUCACUGGAGACAGGACAGAAAGUUGGUGUGAGGAUGUGAGUCAAGUUUUCCAUUGUGACAUUAAGAAGUGCGAUUCAUGGAGUGGAGCCCAUGUCUAGAUGAGAUGGAGUUAGUGUCUUGGGCAACACAUUGUCUCUGUGUAAUUAGGUGAAAUGAUUACUAAUGAUAAUCAUUGAGUAAGCAUAGAAAGAAGAUUGCUUGAAUUAAUCUAAUUGUGACUGGCACUGUACCUGAACUAUUGCUCCUCUCGGGAAAACAAAGGUGAAAAUAAGGUUGUGGUCAUGAAUGAUACAGGUUGUGCUGAGGUUCUGGGUAUUGUGGAAAUGGCGUUGUGUGAACAAUCCAAUAAGGGCUCAUUGGUAUUUACAAGCUUGUACCGAUGUGCAGCGGACAGGAAGUACAUGUAGGCAGGCACCUGCCUUAUCAUGUAACUGUGUGUACAUAUAUGGGAGGGGUGGGGAGGAACGGUGGGGUGGGGACGGUGGGUAGCCUGGUGGUCACAAUGUUUGCAGGUCACACUCAACACUGGUUCAUUUCAUACAUGGAUGUAGUGUGUACAAACCAGUCUUAACCUGAUUAGACUCGAGAGUGGUGGAAAUCUGGCAGGAUUAGUUGCUGUUUCCCAUGUCACAUACACCACUAGUGCCAAAGGGGCAGUGGAAUAAUUCGGUUUAAAUCUUGGCAUCUCCCAUGAAUCAUGCUCGAUUGCCAGCAAAAGAGGAGAGAAUUAUAUUUUGGAAUAAGAGAUUUCAAAAACAAUGACCACAAUGUGAGUUUCCCUGUAGGGCAGUCAGCCCAUCUGGUGUGUGUCAUCUGGUUAUCAUUGGUGGACAUACCGCAGAAGUACUGCAUCUCUCCACAAUGUAGUCCGUGAGAAGAUGGUUACAUUAGAGUGACAUUGUUUUGUGUCAGUACAUCAGAUACUAUAGUUGUAACUUGUACAGUAUAGUAAUAAUCAUCAUGCAUUUAUCUAUCUUGUGACCUCUAGGCCCUGACAGUAGAAACUGACUGAUGCUGUCAGGCAGGAAGCUGUAACACCGACCCCCGAGUCAGUAUCAGUGUUGGUGUGACAGAUUUCAUGGUCAGCUUUAUGCUCUUACAUGGGUCGAAAACUGUAAGUGGCACUAGUGAGGGAGUUAUUUGGGGCCCAAUCGGUUUUACCAAUAUUUGGUUGACCUCUGCAAUGAUUUUUUAUAUUAAAACUGGAAAUCACA